CAUUUAUAGAUACGACAUUUAAACGCUAUAAUAAUUUCUUCUCUCUGUGACAAUGACAGAUGGUAAAGCUGUUGUAUAAAAUGAAUACGAAUUACGACAGUGCUCGGAAUUGACAAACCAUCUGCUUGCCAGCAUUAUCUUGUGUAUUAAACAUAUCAACUGAAAUAUAUUUAAUGUUUUGAUCUUGUAGCCUUGUGAUUAUCGUGUACCCUCCGAAAAAUAUUUACAUUUCCAAUGCUUUUGGCUUUUUACAAAUCUUAAUGAUAGCCAUUUACUCAUGAAUGCGUUGUAGUAUAAACAAUGCGCGUAUGAAUACGGAUAUAUUUAGUAUGUCUAUUUCAAUAGCUAGGAAUUCCGUGAAAAAUGAAACUAGAAUGUAAUUUGAAAAUACAUGAGGGUGUGAGCUGUGUAGCUUCUCGCCGGCGUACUUCAUUAAGCGCGCUAGCUGGCGUGAAGCGCCACAGUUCAUACUCUCAUGUAUUUUCAAACAUGAAAUUUAUUUCUUAAAUAAACACUGUCCAUAAAAUGAUUUGAAGUAACAGAAUCACUUUUUCAAUUUUACAGAAAUUCUUUUACUUCACGAUGAAUUAAUUAAGGAACAAAUAUACAUAAUGAGAGAAGGAUGGAGAAUAUAAAAAUACAAGUGGUCCGGGAACGGUGGUCGGAUUGUCCAUUAUAUUGUGUUCGUUUGAAGUUUCUCAAGAGCUGCUUAAUUAGAAUAAGUUGUACCACUGCUGGACGUCUGCAUUUUAUGUUUUUUAUUGAAAUUCCUUGUUUCUGUAUGUUAGUAAAAAAAAAAAAAAAAAAAAAAGGUUCUUAACAAUGCCGUUUUCAUGUCGGGCAAGUUUGUAGGAUUAAAGCGAAUUCCAGUUUAAUACCUACAUACUGCCGUCAUUGACAGAUUUUAAGAUAGAAUGGCAUUAUUGAAUUUACGAUUGUACAUACAUUUUAGCAAACAUGUAUGAAAAACAAACAGCCUUUCGCUAGAGAACAAAUAUUUUGAAUCAACACAAUUGAAUACACUUUAGAACAGUCGUAUAUUUUACUGGCGUUUCACAAAUCCGAUGUAAGAGUUCAGAGCAAGCACAACAAAAAGCUUUAUCUCAUAAAUCUUAUUUAAAACUCUCUAUUUCAUGCAUUUGAGACAGUACGGUGUAUUUUGAGUCAUGCCGGUGCGAUAUUAAAAUCUGUUUAUGUAACGCGAAAGGACAGUUAGUGGCCCGCUGAAAAAGGAAAUAAUCACGUUAUUUCUAACUAGCAUAGACGAAGGAGAUAUCAUGAUCGGAAUUCAUCUUUAUAAUAAUACAACGAUCUGUUCGUAAUCGGAGAGCCACGCGCAUGUCAGCUUCAGCCGCCUCGGGGAGCGAAUGAAGGGGAAGGUUUCGAUGCAUGGGAAGUACCGCUGUCUGGGUGACUACGAUUGGACGACACGGAGUGGGAGCUAUUCCGCAGUAGGUACGGACUCUGGAACUAGGGUAGUAAUUACCUCGAACUAUUGUGAUCGCAAUUGUUGUCUUAAAAAAUUCAAAUCCCAACAACUGCUGUGUUUGGGAUUAGACUUAAAGUACACCUUUUUCAAAACGCAUGCAAUAAAGUGUAUGUGGUGAAAUUUUUUUUUUAUAAAUUGAUCGUUAAUAUUCAUCAUAAUAUUAUGUAGGCAUGUGUACAAUUUCAAAUGUCUUUAUCUAUUAAAUUUUAGAUCUCGCUAUUCUCUAGGGUUACGUUUAAAACACAAAUAUUGUUCGUUGGUUGAAACAUUUUCAACAAGAAAAAAGUGAAUAAGCCCUUUGUGGAAAUCGAUGGACAAAAGAAGCAGAAUUAAUUAACCGAGGAAUUGUUAACAUUGCAAUUUGUUAGUCAGUGACAACAUCAUCCCAUUUUAAUUUCUGGAAUGACUAAGAAGCUCAACAGAAAGGAUUCCUGCAACAUCUGAGGAAGGUGGAAGUGCGUUAUCGUGUCAAACAAAGAGCAAUCGGGGACAAGUGUUUUAAUUGUCCACUUAAUGGAAUGCAGAUGAGAACUACCUUAACGACACGUACAGAACAACACGAUACCCCUAUUUCUGUAUGCUACCAUACUUAGUAUAUAGAUGAGAGGGUUUGUUUUUUUUCAAAGAAGUGUGAUGGACUCGAUUAAUUAGCCUUUUUGACAUUAAAUUUCUUAAGACUGCGAUCUACAAGGAGCCAAAGUAGAAACUAUGAAAACAGGAAGGAAAAUGUGCAGCAAGAGUAACGUCAAUAUUUUAUCUUUUAUAAACGGAUUGACGGUUUUUCAUUGGAGCUGGUCGACCUACACCUGGACGGUGAUUCUGUCCGUGUUGUAUUGCCAAGUGGCAGGAUACCGUCGGCGAGUCCCUGUUGGUGACUUCGUGGCCCUAGAACCGGUCAUCCUAGACAGCACCAAGACGAACUACACGGCGAUAGCGGGGGAGACAGCUGUUCUGUACUGUGCUGUGAAAAAUCUAGGAACAAAAACCGUAACUUGGAGAAAAGCUUUUCCGUCCGUACCUCUGACUGUUGGUCUAUUCACUUACUACGGUGAUCCACGAUUUCAAACUCAUCACGUGAUACACAAGAACCAAUGGAAUUUACACAUAAGAAACGUCAGUGUUCAUGACGCGGGAGGAUACGAGUGCCAAGUCAGCACCAAGACGCGAAGUAUUAGAAGGGCAUUUUUCCUCUCUGUCAACGAGCAAAGAUCAUCAAUUCGUAUCACAGGUCAAACAUAUAUAAAUAAAAACGAGAAACUGGUUCUUGUAUGUAAAUCGUCAAGUGACUCCUAUCCCCCAGCUGAACUGGACUGGUUCAUGAACGGUCACAAAAUCGUCACAAACCCAGACAAAGGUAUAAAAAUAAUAAAUUCCGUAUCACUUCGAAGCAGAACCAUCUGGAGUAAACUUAGCAUUGAGCAUGCGCAAAUGAACCAUGGAGGGACGUAUAUUUGUCGUACAUCAAACCUGCUGGUGACAAAUGUCAAAGUUAAUAUACUAAGCGAUGAUAGAACAAACGUGAAGAGAGGAACGUUUUCCUCGGGGAAAUUCAUUUCACCUGCCAGAGGGUCACAUGACAAAGCUAUCGCCACUCACCUCUCAGGGUCUUGGAUAAUUUUGAUACUGUGUAGAUUUGUAUUCUUCACUGCAGAAUAUCUCGCAGAUACUUUAUGAAAAUCUCGCGGAUAAUUUGCGAAACUCUGAGAUAACUCACUGAAGUGAUCAAAGGGACGAUAGAGACACUUAUAAGAAGCAGCAAGCAUUGGUACAGCAUUGCAAAACAAUUGCACACUUGAUAAUUGCCGAAAGAAAGUUCUAAAGGUGCUACAUGUGCAAGACAUGCGACAUUUUGCAUACAUCUUAACUUCGAGUUUGAUGAUUAUUGGUUGACCAUCGUAUCACGUGAUACGCUCUUUGGACACCAUUCAAUCAAAUGCACAUUGACUUCGUUUCAGUGUAGAAUUGCAUCUUCCAUUGUGAACCACGACAUUAACAUGCAGUUUCACUUCCAAAUAUCAUUAUCACACAAUUGUCGAAGAUCAGUAUUAUAUCAUGUUAUAUUUUUGUAAUAAAUCUGGACAAAAUAAU